AUGAAGGUUACCAACCCCAUCAUCCCUGGGUUCGCUCCUGAUCCAACCAUAGUCGUCCACAAUGGCACUUACAUCCUCGUCAAUUCUUCUUUCCACGUGUUCCCUGGGUUGCCCAUCUAUACUUCUACAAACCUUGUGGAUUGGGAGUUGAAGGGCCAUGCCCUAUGUCGAACCACUCAGCUGUCUCUAUCCAGCGCCUUUACCAAAUUCAUCCCUCUGCCUCAUGGCAUCCCACUCAUAAUCACCGGCGGUCUGUUCGCACCAACACUCCGUCAUUUCAAAAACAAGUUCUAUGUUGUGUGUACAUAUGCUUGGGAGAAGCCUGAUGGAGCACACGAGUUCCAGAACUUCCUGCUUAGCUGUCACGAAGACAUGAUAUUCUCAGAGAAUGGAUGGUCAGAUGCAGUGCCAUUCGAGUUCCCGGGUAUUGAUCCAGGAUUAUUCUUCGAUGAGAUAUCCGGAAGGGCAUAUCUUCACGGCUCUUAUCGAACUGGACCUCCAUGGGCACCAGAUUGCUCAAUUCGCCAGUUCGAAAUCGACGUUGAGACCGGUGCAGCCUUGUCAGACACGAGAUUUCUCUGGAAGGGUGCCGCCGGCAAAGAUGAUGCUGAGGGGCCGCACAUUUACUUCAAAGACGGCUGGUACUAUCUGUUGACCGCCGAAUCUUCGACCUUUGAGGGUCACCAGAUCAACAUGGCGAGAUCCAAAGAUAUGUGGGGACCUUACGAGGGUUGUCCGAACAACCCUUUAUUGACUGCAUUCGAGAAAGACGAAGCCGUUCAUUGGACUGGCCAUGGUGAUCUAUUCCAAGACACUAGAGGAAAUUGGUUCUGCGUUCACCUAGGAAUACGACAUGAUGAUGACAGUAUUCAACGCCAUCCACUAGGCCGCGAAACUUUUCUCACUUCGGUUGACUGGCCCAAGGAUGCAUGGCCCAGAAUUUCUCAGACAAAGCUGAGCCUAGAUCUUGACCUAGAAGAUGGAUCGAACGCCGGACAGCACGGUGUCUUCAAGGAUCUGAAUCGGCAAGUUGAAGACCUCUACAUCCGGACUCCCAUUCCUCAAAACUACUCGUACUCUGCCAAGGACAAUACCCAUUCUUUGUGCGCUCAGACCUCGACCCUAGCUAGCCCAUCAGGCACAUCCACGUUCGUUGGCCGCAGGCAAAGAUCUCACUUAGGAUCAGCUUCGACGACGAUACGUCUAUCUUCCAAAGGGUCUGAAGGACUACCACUGGUCGGCUUAACGGUAUACAAGGAUAGUCUGCGGCAUGCAGUCAUCCAGAUUGAUCCGCAAGAGCGCAAGAUAUCUUCCAUUCUGGUGGCAAUCCAAGAUCAGAAGCCCAAGUCGAUCGAUUUAGGCUCGGCUGCCAUACCCAAGUCUGCUAGGGAAAUCGAGCUCCGCAUUCAGACCAAGCCCGACGAAUACGGAUUCCUCUGGAGAGUCAAGAGUUCUGGAGAAGGAACCCAGUGGCAAAGUCUAGGAAACGUUGACCCCGUCCUGCUUUCGGGUUACGACAUGACGGGCACUUUGUACGGCAUCUUCGCCAUUUCGAACAGCACACCAGGCUCUACCGGAGAUCAGUGGGCAGAAUUUGAGGAUUUCAUGGUUGAAUAG